UAUUUAAACCCAAAUCCCCUCUCUGUUUCUUCUGUCUCUUCGACCCAUUUCCCUUUCUUUGAGCUGCCGUCUUUCACCCACCCAUUAAGGGACAACAAUGUCAGCUUACAAAGACGAGGAUCCUCGAAUCCAUGGCAUCAGGACUAAGAUUCGUGUUGUGCCUAAUUUCCCUCAACCAGGUAUCAUGUUCCAAGACAUAACCACUCUGCUACUCGACCCCAAAGCAUUCAAAGAUACUAUUGAUUUGUUCGUCGAGCGAUUCAAAGGGAAGAACAUUUCAGUUGUUGCAGGAAUUGAAGCUCGAGGUUUCAUAUUUGGCCCUCCCAUUGCUUUGGCUAUUGGAGCAAAAUUUGUUCCUUUAAGGAAACCGAGGAAGCUACCUGGAGAAGUUAUUUCUGAAAAAUACACAUUAGAAUAUGGAAGUGAUUGCCUGGAGAUGCACGUUGGAGCUGUCAAACCACACGAACGGGCCUUAGUGGUGGACGACUUGAUUGCCACAGGUGGCACCCUUUGUGCAGCCAUGAAUUUACUUGAACGUGUUGGAGCUGAAGUAAUUGAAUGUGCUUGCGUCAUUGAAUUGCCAGAUUUAAAGGGUCGGGAGCGGUUGAACGGGAAGCCAUUGUUCGUGCUAAUAGAGUACCAUUAACUCGAGCCAAUGUGACAAAAACAAACCAUCAUCCCUUUCAACCUCUACCCCACACCAAGAAAGAAAGGAAAAGACAGGAGAAUCUGUUGAAAUGCCACUUUCACUGACCAAUGAUUUGGUAGUGAGUUUGGGUAGGAGCCUUAAAAUUCUAUCUUGUACACCAUUCAAUAGUGAAAAGGGGUAUUCUAAUAUAUAUGUUUGUAGCUGAACACUGUGCUCUUUUACCCUGUUUUUCUAGUUUGAAAACAAACUUAAUUACAAUAUUUCGAAUUAGAAAGUGUUUCAUUCAAUCAACACAACGUCGAGUUGAGUUUGGAUCGAGAACGAACGAAGGGAUGAUGAAUCUAAUUGGGUUGCUUUAAUGCAAAGAACUUUGGUUGAAAGAAAAGCAUGGAUGUGGAAUGUGAAGCUGAAGAUUAUAUGUUGUUUUAA